UUGGGUUUUGCUCUGAACAAAAUAAAUUUUGUCCAUGGAGGCCACAUUAGAGCAGCCACGUUGGGUGUCCCCAUCACUGAUGCCAGCCGAGGUGACGCAUGGUUACCCAGCUGACUCCAGCUAUCUGUCGCACAUGGAGGAAGACUUGGUCUUCCCUGGCACGGAAGCAGAGCAUGGCUGUUUGCCCUCUGUCUUCUCCAACCCCAUGCACGGGCGCAACGCUGCAGCAUACAGACACAGCCCAGUGCGGCAGGGGUACUCCGCUCCCUUUCUGAACGCCCUGCCGUGGUUGGAGGGCUCUGGUGCUCAUUCUCUCUCUGCUCCUUACCCCUCACCUGCCUCCUCCUGGCAUAGCAGUGCCUUCUCCAAGAGCUCGGCGCACCCCCAGUCCUCCAGUGCCUCCGUGUACCAUCCGUCUGUCCCUCUCUCCUCUGUUAAAGCCCCGCAGACCCACCUUCAGUCUCCCAUCCCGGACUGCAAGGAGAACCUCCAGCUUCAGGAUGGCGUGAAAGAUGAGCGAGCCAGCCCUUCAAGGGGUGACGAGGGCUUUGGGGGAGUUUAUUCAGUUAACCACACCACUGGUGGCGCGUAUACCUACGCUCACGUACCGCCACAGUCGCACAUCCACACCCAGUCACUGGGACACUACAGUUCUUACGGCAACCAGGUUCAGGAUUUCAGCAGCACCCUGUACUCGCUCUCUUUCUCCCCAAAACUACGUGUCAAUAUGAGACUGUCUCCAACAGAAGCACGGGAGUGUGUGAACUGCGGGGCCACUGCUACACCUCUGUGGAGGCGGGAUGGUACAGGGCACUACCUCUGCAAUGCCUGCGGCCUGUACCACAAGAUGAAUGGACAAAACAGACCCCUAAUCAGGCCAAAGAAGAGAUCGGUCGUCAGUAAGAGGGCUGGCACACAGUGUGCCAACUGCCAGACCAGCACCACCACGCUCUGGCGGCGGAAUGCGAAUGGCGAGCCCGUGUGCAAUGCCUGUGGCCUCUAUUUCAAACUGCACAAUGUGAACAGACCCCUCACUAUGAAGAAAGAAGGAAUUCAGACCCGUAACCGCAAGGUAUCCAGCAAGAGCAGGAAAGGCAGGAAAGGGAAGAACACUGCCGAAUUUGAUCCGUACUUGGACGCCUCCAAGACCCAUGGCUCAGAGCCGCCCUUCGACUCCUUCUCCCAAGGCACAGCGACCCUGGGGGCCUAUGGCCACACCUCCUUCCCAAUAAGCCCCUCCCCCACUUUCCACAACCCCACCCACCUCUCCUACCCAUAUCAUCCAGCUGCAGCCAUCUUGUCCAGCAUGAUGUGA